AUGGCAUAUGGUUGUGCGGCUGAUGCGGUUGAUGAAUACCUCCGGCUUGGUGAAAGCACCGCAAUUUCUUGCUUGGAAAAACUUCUUGAUAAGGGAGAAGAACGCGGAUUUCCCGGGAUGAUAGGAAGCAUUGAUUGUAUGCACUGGGAGUGGAAAAAUUGUCCAACCGCUUGGAAAGGGCAAUACACACGUGGAUCUGGCAAACCAACAAUCGUUUUAGAGGCUGUAGCUUCAUAUGAUCUUUGGAUAUGGCAUGCAUUUUUUGGACCUCCAGGUACAUUAAAUGAUAUUAAUGUACUUGAUCGCUCACCGGUUUUUGAUGACAUAUUACAAGGUAAAGCUCCAAAAGUGAAAUACUUUGUCAACGGACGACGAUAUAAUUUGGCAUACUAUCUCACGGAUGGAAUUUAUCCUGACUGGGCUACAUUUAUCCAAUCUAUUCAAAUGCCUGAAAGUGAGAAAGCAAUCUUAUUUGCUCAACGUCAAGAAGCAGCCCGUAAAGAUGUCGAACGUGCUUUUGGAGUUCUGCAAGCUCGUUUUGCUAUUGUCAAAAACCCUGCUCUUAUUUGGGAUAAAGAAAAAAUAGGCAAGAUUAUGCGAGCUUGUUUAAUUCUUCACAACAUGAUAGUAGAAGACGAACGAGCUGGAUACACUCAGUAUGAUGUAGACUCAUUCACACAACUAGAAGCAACCAGAACUUCACAAGUGGAUUUAACGUACGAGACAGAUAGGCCUACAAAUAUCGGAAAUCUGAUGGGAAUUCGAAAUUCAAUUCGUGAUCAAACCAAGCAUGAUCAAUUGAAAGCAGAUUUAGUAGAGCAUCUAUGGAACAAAUUUGGGACAAAUCCAAAUUACGGUUUAUGA